AUGGGGGCGUCGCUGUCGAACCUCACUGAGGGGGCCAACGUGUCGGGCAUCGGCCCGGGUCUCGGCGACAUACCGGAGAGCUGCGUGGCCUGUGUGUUUCUCUACCUGACCCCGCCGGAGAUUUGCAACCUCGCCCGCCUCAACCGCGCCUUCCGUGGGGCCGCCUCCUCCGACGCCGUCUGGGAUGCCAAGCUUCCCCCCAACUACCAAGAUCUGCUCGAUUUGAUGCCCCCGGAGAGGUACCAGAACCUCUCCAAGAAGAACAUCUUUGCUCUCCUCUCUCGCCCCAUCCCCUUCGACGACGGAAAUAAGGAGGUGUGGGUGGACAGAGUAACAGGGAGAGUGUGUAUGUCAAUAUCAGCGAAAGCAAUGGCAAUUACUGGGAUCGAAGACCGGAGAUACUGGAAUUGGAUUCCUACAGAAGAAUCGAGGUUCCAUGAGGUGGCCUAUCUGCAGCAGAUAUGGUGGUUUGAAGUGGAUGGGUCAGUAAAAUUCCCUCUCCCUGCCGAUGUCUACACUCUUUUCUUCAGACUACAUCUCGGUAAAUUCUCCAAGAGGCUGGGCCGACGGGUCUGCACCUUUGAGCAUACCCACGGUUGGGACAUAAAACCAGUUCGGUUUGAGCUGUCCACUUCGGAUGGGCAGCAAGCAUCGUCAGAAUGCUGUCUGGACGAGACAGGGCAGGAUGAGGUUAAUGGGAAUCAUAAGCGCGGGUGUUGGAUCGAGUAUAAAGUGGGCGAGUUCAUAGUCAAUCACUCCGAACCAGCCACAGAAGUUCAGUUCUCGAUGAAGCAGAUCGACUGCACGCAUUCCAAAGGCGGGCUCUGUGUUGAUUCUGUAUAUAUUAUCCCAAGCGAUUUGAGAGAUUGUAGAAGGAGGAGGGUUCUAAAGUAGUCUCUGGUUCAGCAUAGCAGUGUUCACUAUGGCCGAAGAUUCUUUCUUGUUAGAAAUAUGUCAUACAGAUUAUACUUUUCCAGGAAACAUGGGUGGGUGAUUAUAGAGGAUGUCAUCUAUGUUGUUUUUUUGUUUAGGUAUGUAUCCUCUGUCAUUUGUGUAAUCCUUGUUUCUUACCUUGUAUUCAGCCUGCCUUUCUGUUUCAUUGGGCAUGCUUUUCCGAAUUAGAUUAGGGGAUAUGCUCGAGUCUCUCUUUGAAAUUUCCGAUUUCUUUUGUUAGAAUUCUUUUUGUUAACGGUGAAAGUGAAACGUACCGAAUUGAUUUGUGCUGAGUACA